AUAACAUAUCAACAGGGUGCACUGUAGUGAAAUGCAGAGCGCAGGCUUGCACAAUUUCAGAUAUGCAAAACAUGCACUCCACCAUAACAACGGAGCAGCACAUUUUAGGAUGCACGUCAUCUUUCAUACAUGCGCUGUUUUAUUAUUAUUAUUAUUCUAACCUCCCUCUGAGCGCGACCUCCGCUGGGUUUACUGCCAUUAAUUCUUUACGUGAACUCUGCGGUAAAAUUUUUAUUUUGAGGUGGAGGAGGGCAAGAGAGAUGCGGGAAAGACCAAAUUAUUGCUAUAUUGGACCAUCCACCGGUGCAGCUGGUCUAUUUUUAGCCGGGGACUACAUCAGCUAUGACUGCAGACACUGAGUGGGGAAAUCACCAGCCCUGCCGCUGUCUUCAUCCAGCCGCUGACCCUUCACUGAGGCAAAUCAAACAGCGCCAAGGGAGGCUCAGAAAUAUAAUGCUGUAGAGGAGGCGAGGGUUAUGGAAAUGUGCCUUUUAAAAUGAUUUUUGUAAGGACGGGCGUUUUGCUGAGCUUUUUGGAGAGGCGUUUUGUUCAUUAAGCCUGAUUUGAGUCAACUCGGAGCGCAGGUGACCCCCAUCUGAGGCACGGCAGGUGGUCUGCACGCGCCAAGAGUGAGAGAGAGAGAGAAGAAGAAGAGGGAAAGAGCGCGCGGCAUAGUGGCUGGGCUGCACACCAAUAACCAUCAACCUGUAGAUAGAGCGUGCACGGUGCGCCACUGCCAUCCUCUCCUUCUCUGUCUCCAAGCCCGACAUCCAUCAUCCAUGACCCAGGAGAGGGUGCCAACUUCAUCCUCCAGAGGAGGAGAGCAGCCGAAAAGUUGAGGGGUCGUGUGCCAAACCCCCUCCUCCUCCCUCCCACCUCAGCUUCAUGAAUGGCAGGACCAUGGAGGAGAUACCGUUCGAAAGAGUUAAGACGCGGCGGAGGAAGGGUCGCUGCCCUCCCGGUGCGCCGCUGGGAGCCAUCGCCUGCGAGGACGAGUUCAACAGCCAGGAGCUUGAGGCUCUCUUCCAGAACUACAACCUGAAGCUGGAGCAGACCGCCACACUCAAGGCUCUGGCCGUGCUCAUCGUGGCCGCGUCGUCGCUGUCUCUGGUGGAGCUGCUCUCCAGCCCGCGGCUCACCUUGUCCAAGGGCUCCAACCCGGUGCACUGCGUGGUGUUCCUGUCGCUCUUCAUCGUCACCAACGUCAAGUACCUGCAGGUGACGCAGCUGCAGCAGAUCGCCAAGCUCGCCCUGCUGUUCAGCUUCACCUUCGCGCUGCUCUGCUGCCCGUUCCCGCUGGCGCUCGGCACGCCGGAAACGGUGAGCGCCGCAGCCCCGGAGCAAGGUGUUUGGCAGCUCAUGCUGGUCACCCUGGUGGCUUACGUGCUGCUGCCCGUGCGGACGCUGCUGGCCGUGCUGUUCGGGGCGAUGCUGGCCGGGUCCCAUUUCAUUGUAAUAGCCACAUCGGUGACGGGGAGGAAGCAGAAACUGUGGAGACCGCUGGUGGCCAACGCCGUGCUCUUCACCAGCGUCAACCUGUCGGGGGUGUUUGUGAGGAUCCUCACCGAGCGCACCCAGAGGAAGGUCUUCCUGCAGGCUCGCAACUGCAUCGAGGAGCGUUUGCGGCUGGAGGACGAAAAUGAGAAGCAGGAGCGUCUACUAAUGAGCCUGCUGCCCAGAAAUGUUGCCAUGGAGAUGAAGGAGGACUUCCUGAAGCCGCCGGAGAGAAUUUUUCACAAGAUCUACAUUCAGCGGCAUGACAAUGUCAGCAUCCUGUUUGCAGACAUUGUGGGAUUCACCAGCUUGGCUUCUCAGUGCACUGCUCAGGAGCUGGUCAAGCUGCUCAACGAACUCUUUGGGAAGUUUGAUGAACUGGCGACGGAGAAUCAUUGCAGGCGGAUAAAAAUUUUGGGGGACUGUUACUAUUGUGUGUCGGGACUAACACAACCCAAGGCAGACCAUGCCCACUGCUGUGUGGAGAUGGGAUUGGAUAUGAUCGAUACAAUCGCGUCAGUGGUGGAAGCGACGGAGGUGGAUCUGAACAUGCGUGUUGGACUACAUACAGGACGGGUUCUGUGUGGUGUGUUGGGCCUGAGGAAGUGGCAGUACGAUGUCUGGUCAAAUGAUGUUACGCUGGCAAACGUGAUGGAGGCUGGUGGGCUGCCUGGUAAGGUGCACAUCACAAGGACCACCCUGGAGUGUUUGAACGGAGACUAUGAGGUGGAACCAGGCUUUGGCCAUGAGAGGCACGCCUUCCUGCAGAAGCACCACAUCGAGACAUUCUUCAUCGUGCCUUCACACAGACGUAAAAUUUUUCCUGGUAUUAUCCUAUCAGACAUCAAACCAGCCAAGAGGAUGAAGUUCAAGACAGUGUGCUACCUGCUAGUGCAGCUCAUGCACUGUAGGAAGAUGUUUAAGGCUGAGAUCCCCUUUUCUAACGUCAUGACCUGCGAGGACGAUGACAAGCGGAGAGCCCUGCGGACCGCAUCGGAGAAGCUGAAGAGCCGGACAUCCUUCUCAGCUACCGCUGUGCAGCACUCCCCGGCUACAAGAGUCAACCGCUACAUCGGUCGGCUCAUUGAAGCGCGGCAGACCGAGUCUGGGACAUCGGACCUGAACCAAUUCACCCUGUUUUACAGGAGCAGAGACAGGGAGCGCAGGUAUCACCAGGUUUAUGACGACCAUUUCAUCAGUGCGGUGGUUCUCUCUCUGAUCCUGGGUGCCCUGUUUGGCCUUAUCUAUCUACUAAUGAUCCCACAGGGGAUGCUGGUGUUGCUGCUGCUGGUGCUGUGUGUGUGUUUCCACGUGGCCUGUGUGAUGUACCUGCAUCUCACCAGAGUUCAGUGCCAACCAGGCUGUCUGACCAUCCAGAUCCGAACAGUCCUCUGCAUCUUCUUGGUUCUGCUCACCUACUCUGUUACACAAGCCUGUGUGGCAGCUUGUGUACCGUGGGGUAACGUCGAGAGGAACUCUAGCCAUUUUGUGGAAGACAUCCCUGCCGACGCCCUCGGGGUCGGACCUGCCAACAGCACCGCAGUGGACAGGACGGGUCCCGGCAUGGCCUACGCUCUGCUGUCCUGUGUGGCCGGGACUCUCACUGUGGUCCCUUACCUCCGUGUUUCAUCGCUCCCGAAGAUCCUGCUGCUCCUCCUCCUCUCCCUCACAUACACGGCGGUUAUGGAAAGCAGUGGCUACCGUCAGGCUGUGGGUGGUGGCUUUCUGCACACUCGAGGCUACGAUCCCGUGUUGGCCGUCUUGCUAUUUUCUGGAGCUCUGGCUCUUCAUUCCAGGCAGCUGGAUUUCAAGCUGAGGCUCGAUUAUCUUUGGGCAACUCAGGCAGAGGAAGAGAGGGACGACAUGGAGAAGGUGAAGCUGGACAACAAGAGGAUCCUGUUCAACCUGCUGCCAGCUCAUGUGGCUCAGCAUUUCCUCAUGUCAAACCC